GGAAGAGCAAAAAAUAGAGUCAAUUACACCAUUUUUUUCUUUUUUUGCGUUGACACUGCAGAUUGAAUGCGAAUUAAGUGACAGAAGGCUCAGUUGUAAUCUAGUGAGUAAUAGUUUUUCGCACUUGCUUUGCAAUUAUUAUAUCAUGCCUUUGUGUCAUCUGUCACUGCUAGCUAGAUUUUAGUUGUCUUUUGGCCUUAAAUUUUCGUGUUAGGUGAAGGUAAGAUUGCCGGUGCCUGAAUAGCAAAUUUUGAUGUUUGACAAGUCUGAUAGUUUUUUUCUGCUAGUGCAGUUCAACCUAUCCUCUUAUGUGCAAUACGCGAACCACCACCCAAAAAGAAAGGUGGUGCCUAAGUGAUGACAAGUCACUUGCCUUCUCAUCGUUCACUUGCUUCACCCAACCAUAUCACCAUUUUAUGGCCAUUGCUCUGUUGCAAAACUACUACGUCGAGCAGAAUUCCUAAAAAAGAGAGGUGAAAUUGGAAGCUGGCAAUUGAUAACAUAGCACAGAAGCACUCAGUUUUGACUCACCUAACCCAAAAUUAUCUUAUCCGAAACGAGAAUUCUACAGCAGGAACUUUACACAUGUAGUUCUUAGUAUCAUCGCUUUAGGUCCCUUUAAGCCAUCUUCAAGGUCAAAACCACAUUCCAAGCCAUGCAUCGAAUGGUGUUCUUCGCCUCAAGCUACAGCAGCUUUCUUCUGCACCAUUUGUCUCCAAACUUUUGUAUCUGCCAGCUUCAGCCUUUUGCUCCUCCUACUGAUUUGAAGCCAUCCUUGAGCAUUGCAAGCUUACAGUCUCAACAAUCGAUAACACGGUGACAGUGACACAUGCACGCACAGGAACGCUCGUUCCUCAGCCUCGAGCCCUCUACUGAGUGUGCAUCAUCUCGCGUGGAUCAGAGCCAAGAACUCUCGCCCGUCGUGAGCAGAUGAAGGUGGAGGGCGCCGGGAUGCAGGAGGCCGCCGCCGGCGACAUCCCCGGGGCAGAAGAUGGCGCGGAUGAUGUCUUCUUAUGCGUGGCCGCGAUGUCCAGGGGCAACAAGAAGGUAUCGUACUUCCACACCAACGCGGUCGGCGAGGAUGCCGAGGCGGCCCGCGCGCUCGCGGCGCUCUGCCUCGACCACGCGCCGGAGCACCACCGAUGGCAUCACCACACCGUCUCCGGGGCGAGGUCGUUCGCGUUCCUUUCGGCCGACGACGGCCGCACGUACUUCGCCGCAGCGGACCCGGCACCGGGAGGCGCCGAGAUGAUCCGGUUCCUGGAGCGCGUCCGCGACGCGUGCGACACCGCGCCCUGGUUGCACCUGCGCGACGACGCGGUGAUCCCUGUCGCGCGGCAGUUCGCGCAGGCGCUGCGUGCCUCGGCGGGAACGAGCUCCAGCACGGCGAACGCGGCACUUCCCGGAGCCUCGCCGCGAGCGCGGGAGCCGUCCACGCCGCUGGCGCCAUUGUGCGCGGUUGGCGCCGGUGGCGAGAAAGACGAGGAGCCCCAGCGGGUCGGAGCACAACGUCGCGCCGUGCGAGCGGAGGAAAGCGCGCGCUCGUGGUGGCGCCACGCGGUGGUCGUGAUCGGCGUGGACGUGGUGGUGUGCCUGGUGCUAUUCGCCGUGUGGAUGGGGGUGUGCAAAGGCUUCCGGUGUCUUACGCGAUGAAUCACUCGGAUGCAUAACGUCUGCAAAGAGUGCCAUUGUAAUCACAUCCAUGCAUGGUUUUCUUCAGUGUAGUGUCCAAAAAGAUCUUUCAUGUCUCUAUCUUAUGACAUCUACAAUUCUUGGAAUAUCGGUUUAGGGAACUAAGAUUGUGUUAUGCAUCAAACCUUGGAUAAAGAUUCUUAGCUUGAGCUUGAAA